CACAUUGCAUAUGCUUGAACCACAAUCGAAACGGCGGCUUAUCUUGCAAAGCCAUGCCCCGCGUACGAAGGAAGCGAUUUGUUUUUUCCCAUUUAAUACACUGGUGUUUGCUAAAGGCUUAACCGCUAUGCUAAGACGUUAGAGGACUCCCGAGUCUUAGCAACAGCAUUCAACAGCGCUGUCUCGCAAUAAUAGAGUGCGGCACCACUGAGUGUACAUGUACAUGUACUUGAGGGCUCCGUGUACCCCGCUGUUGCUCUCAGUGCCGCGUGUACAUGUACAGUCCACAGGCACUCGGAAAGCCUACAUCAGUACAUGUACAGUACAGUACAUGCAUGCACUACUAUACUACGUGCAGUUAGGAAGUUGGCGACGUUUCGUGAGAAAGAUUGUGCAGGAAGCCUGGGUCUGAGGGUUGAAUGAUAGAGUUCCAUUUCAACUCCAGUGACUAUAACCAUGGAGCAAUAAGAACAUUCCUCCAUGCUAUAACUAUAGCUCUAUGCUAUAACUGUGCGGUUGGAAUACUAACUGACGGUGUUGAAGAGGUCGCCAGGCUCUUCCGCUAUACAGAGAAUGACAUGGGAAUAUGUGGUCCAUGAGUGGUGAAGGAGGCCAUGUGGCAACUUGGCCGUUAGUGCUGCCCUUCAGCUCGCUGUGUGUGUAGGCCUACCGUGAUGACGUAGUACUUAUGAAGACAUGUAAAUUUUGUCAUGGACUCCCUGCUCUUAAUGGUUUCACAUUAUGGCCUACAGGUCCUGACGUAAAUAAGGAUCUACGCUACCGUUGACUACCUGAAGCCCGUCAAAAUGCUUUUGAAACGGUCGGGGAAGAUCUCGGCACUCCUGUUCGUGCUGUGGGCAGCCACCAUGCUGUGGGUGUUGGACACCAGGGUGAAUUUCACUCAACGGACCCUAAAGGACAGUGAAUGUCCCUGUGCCGUUGCCCUGGAGACCAACAAGACGUCGGCGGCGAAAAAGGACACCGCAGGCAGCUCGGCCAAAGUCAAGACUCGGACCGUGGUCAAAUGGUUGAAUUACUGCAAAGAUGGCAACACAACGGUCCCCGUCAACUCCAAGGCAGAUGCACCACCCAGGAAACCCGAAAUGGUCCCCAAACAGGAUGGAGGAAGAAAACAACCUGAUGCAUACACAAAAGACCGACCUCAACGUGAGCCGUUAGAACAAAAAACAGUGGAACAUCUGGAGGAGCAAUUCCCUCAGAAAAUGCCGCAACAGCCAGAACAACAGCAGCAACAGCGAGAAGCACAGCUGCAGCAGCAACAACAGGAAUCUAAGCAUCAGCAGCAGCUACAGCAGGAAAUACAGCAGCAACCGCAACCUCGGGAAAAACAGCAGCAGCGACAACAACAAGAAACACAGCAGCAGCGGCAGCAGCCUCAACAACAGGAAGCACAGCAGCAACCUCAACAAGAAGACACACAGCAGCAACAUCAACUACAGGAAACACAGCAGCAACAGUGGCAACUACCACAUUCACACGACACUCAGCAACAACCACUACAGCAUGACACGCAACGACAGCAGCCCCAACCACCACAGCAAAAUGAGGUCGACCAACAGUACCAGCAACAGCAGUCCCCGCGGCAGCAGAUUACUGCACAGGAAGCGGCCAGAAGAAUUCAACAGCAGCAACAGCAGCGUUCUUGGGAACCGUCGCCCGCGGACAAGGUUAUCAACCCCCACCCGUUUCACUUCCUGAUGAAAAACUCGGACGCGUGCGUGAAAGGCGCCAAUCCCGAUGGCUACGUGGACGUCUUGUGCCUGGUUUACACUGCGCCCUCCGACAGCUACAUGCGGUCGCUGAUCCGCAAAACGUGGGCCAGUGCCAAGGAGGUCAAGGGUAAGCGAAUCGUCACCAUGUUCCUGCUAGGACAGCGAAACCUCGAAAUCCAACAGCUCAUUGAGCUGGAGAACAACCUGUACCAUGACAUCAUUCAGGAGGACUUCACGGACUCCUACUACAACCUGACGAUCAAGACCAUUAUGGGUUUGAAGUGGGCGUCGUAUUACUGCUCCAACGCCCGAUUCAUUGUGAAAAUGGACAUUGACAUGUUCGUCAAUGUGUACAAUCUCGUCGACCGUAUCGACCAAGUUCCAACCUCCGGUCUAGCGGAGGGAAACCGGAAGGAUGUAACUAAACCCAUCCGGUACAAGCAGAGCAAAUGGUACACAUCCAAAGACGUGUACCCGGAAGACUCUUACCCGCCGUACUUGAACGGUCCGGCGUAUCUCAUCUCCGCAGAUUUAGCAGCCCGUAUCUACAAGGAGUCAUUCACCACCCAGUUCCUGCCUUGGGAAGAUGCCUUCGUAGGUAUAAUCAUGAAAAAGAUUCACGUUGAUCCAAAAUACAGCGGCGUGUACGACACUUACUUGAACUACACUGAUGAGCAGGAGACGCUCAGAAAAAUCGGCAGAAGUAUUACGUUUCAUUUAGGUGAGGACAAAGACAAGAACAAAGCAAACAUUGUCAGGGUUUGGAAGUACGUCCAAAAGUUGAACAACGUGACAGUAUAGUAGUGAUGAUAAGAGAACCCCAGCAUUACCUUCUUUUUUUGAAAGUUUUAGGACAAUGUGACAUGGCACCCUCCUGCUUUGUAUACCCCGUUUUUGAAGGAGCAGUGCACAGGAGGCAUCCGAAAGAUUACUUUGCAAGUACAAGUUCAUAGAAAAUGCCAAGCAUGGUAGAAAUUAUUGUGCUUUUUUGUUGAAGCUGCCAUGGUGAUUCGGCAGGUGUUCGUUUGACGCAGGUUUGGUUUACUGAACCUGGAUAGGGGAAGGUCACGACAUGGUUUUGAACGGGUAGGUUCUUUGAUUGGACAAAGGAAGAGAAAAUUCAAGCCGUCGACCAUUGGACUUCGGAACCCGCACACGCAAGUGCUAUUAAAUUGCAAAUUUGUGGUUAUGCUCGUAUUUUUUAUCAUUUGUCUUUUUACAGUCUAUCACCUCGAUUGUAGCUCUUCCGCUUUGCUUCGACCAUGGAACCAUCAAUUUGUGUCAGCUGUGGGGUUGUUUGUAUUCGGGUCUAUCAGUAUUGUGUCAGAUUGUUGACAGAUGUCAGCAGGUUGAAAGUUGUCGCUUUAACCACCGGUGGUAUUGCGUCAUUGGCUAACCAGCUGUUGAUAAGUAAAUAUGAAUCAUACGGUGUAUCGUUUGGAAUUGACUUUGUUGUAAUAGUGGCUUCGUGUUGACAUUUUGUUGAGCCUGUGUUACGCGUUUGAUGGGACUUAACUUUUUCGUUACCCAUGUGAUUGGCUAUUGAUUGUCGAAACCUUUUGAAUCUACAAACGGAGAAAUUAGCGCAAAGCUGGGAAAUUAGGCCCUAUUUGUUUUUGUUGCCUUUUAAAUAUUCAUGUUUGUCAAUUUUCUACUUUUUAUCUGUUGGCUUACUGAGUAUUAGUAUGAUGAUGAGUAAAGUUUCAGAGACAAGCGAUAACGGAAAGCGUUUCCGGAAAGUGUCCCAUCGGGUAUGAGUUAGCAUUACACACAACGAGUCUCGUUGAGGAGUCAUUCCUUGGCUAUAACACUGAACGAGACCGCUGAUAGGACGGAACACGCCGUCUCAGCGCAAAAAAAGGUUUCUAAACGCGCCAGUGUUGUUGCGCGCUUCGUCCACGGUCAUUGUUAACAUAGGUAAACCAUUGCGAUAUUUCAAGCAACGUGGACUUCCGUUAUCGCUCAUCUGUGGAAUGGCCCAACUGAAGGAGAAAGGGGGGCCAGUCUAUAAUUACUCAGUAGGGCUACAUGUACGUUCCUAAACUUUCCAAGCCUAUUCUUGUAUUAUUGUAUCGAAUGUGGCUAUUUCACGAAGGCACGAAAAACUCAAGCCGCAAUACAAUGUUACCAAUAUUUGUUAUCUGUUUUGUGCCUCAUAAAAAGUGGUUCAUGUACAUUUGAACGAACAAGUCUGAAGUAUCUCCUGUGCUCAGAUCUUCGGAACUACUUAUUUUUACUUGCAAGUGUGCUUAACUGUUUUUUACUAUUCCAGCAGUUGUUCAAAAGGAUGGAAGUCAUUUUUUUUUAAAUUUACAGUUAGAGUUUGAAUCAUAUCAAUGUUUUCCCCAGUUACAUCGUCUUUUUUAUUAGGAAUAUAAAGCUGGAAAGAGCAAACUACACAGUUCAUUCCUGUGUUACUUGUAAUUGUUGGAGAUAACUAACGAGAAUAGUGGUGAAAACUUUCACAAAGUGCCUUCUACCUGUAUUUUUAUCUCUCAGUGUUUUGGGUUGUCACGGUCAGAAUCAUGAGUGACAGGUCAUAAUCAGCGCAGAGGUAACUGUUCAGUGUUUUCUUAUUAUUUUGUUUUAGUUAAAGCGUUGUUGCACGUUGUUUAUUCCAUGUACUUUUUUUCGACGCAACAAUUUAAGUCCAACGUGUAAUGAUAUAUCAUUACCAGUUGAGGUUAUCACUUAUGAUUUGAUUAUCACUUUCAAGUAUGUUUUGUUUCGUAUUCCUUACAAGACAAGACGAAUGAAUAACUGCAGUACAAUAA